AUGCGCAUCAUGCAGAAUUCGCAACACAACAGCGUCCCAACCAGUGUGAAUGAUACCCUCUGCACACGGCCUGACGUUGCGCUGGCCUCGCCCAAGGUUCCGCAUUGCAAUGAGGGCACGUAUCGGCAAAGCCCUGCUGGACGAAUGAGAUUUCAAUUGUGGCCAAGAGUCAAGCAAUAUGCUCUUUUUGGCACAAGAGGAAAACUCCGCCCCCGCCAACUGGUAGCCAGUCAAUCAAGCCCUUGUCUGCUAGGGAUUACGACCAAACAUUCUGACAGAGUGACAACUAUUUCUGAGCAACAUAAACCACUGGGUACAGCGCGAUGCGAUGUCAGUAUACCAGAUGGCACAACCAGGUUCAACACCACUGUCAAACCGAGUCCUAUAGAUUCGCCGACGAUUCCAGCCACGUCUCCCAUUAACAAAAGAUCAAAGACUAUUUCGACCGCUAAAUCGCCAACAAACCCCUUCAAAAAUGCUGUGCUUCACCCAGUUUCUGGGCCCCGCAUUCUUCCAUCACAGGCAAAAGAUGCGCCGCUGCAGCGGUCUCCUCCGAUUAGCAAAUGUCGAGACGCGGUUGCCAAAACUGCAAAGACAGACACGGAGCGCUCAAUGCACCCGGUUAGGUUAUUUGCCGUCAAUGCGGAGCCUGAAACAACAAGUCCCCCUCCAGUGCCUCCAAAGUCGCCACGGACGAUGAACCGCUCUCCAAAGCUUCAGCAAGAACAAUGUACAUUCACCUCUCCAUUGAGAGAUUUCCCGACUUCGAAUCACGGAAGGUACUUCGCAUCCGACACGCUCGACACAAAAUCUCCAUACAUGAGUCAAGCUAUAUAUCAAUGCAAAGCCCCAUGUACAUUCCACAGUGCAGGAACUCUGCUGGGGCGACGAUCUUCAAUUGUACACACCCCAACAAGCAAUUGCAAAGGCCAACGCCAUACUACAGGCGAAGAUGCAGCAGCAGAAGUAAGAUCUGCGGGUGCUAUUUCUGGGACACCCCAACCAAUCCGUGGCAUACAUGGAAGGUAUCUAUCCGACACAUCCAUCGUGCAAUGGGGCAGAUCAACACGGACGAAUGGCACAACUAGUGGGAAUUCAAACAAGGGAUAUUUCUCAGCAGAACGCCGUGCAUCCUUCAUGCUCCCGUUCGCAGUUGCUCCAUCAGGUGCAAGCCCGCUCUUUGCGCCCAGGGAGAUAGAAUGUCUGCAACGCCACGCUAAGCAUCAGGCUGAGGAAUCCAAAGUACUAAACUGCGGUGAAGUCAGGGCACUUUCUCUGGAACUUCGGGUACUUGACGAGCGCUGCAAAAACAUUCGCCGUAUUUACGAUUCGCUCGAAUUCGAGCGCCGUGGUCUUGAGGAACGUAUAAUUCGUUACCUCAGGUCCCAGAGCACAGAUGGUGCUGAGUGCAGGAAAAACAUGUUGAUCCGAACGAAAGCAGUGGCAGACCUUGAUGUGUCAAUGAAAGGAUGGGCCAGCAAGUUAGAGCAGGCUACGAACCGACAAGUCUAUAUCCGUCAAAGGCUUGCCGAACAUGUGGCGGCGGCUUCGCUCCGCGACACGACCGACCAAGGGCUUGGAAUAUCGGACGAGCCGAACCAUGGAACUCAGCCAGGAAUGACGUUGAAUGUUGUUGAUGCGAGCCGCAGAAAGAUGGAAUCCAUUAAGGUCUACGCAGACUUGAAUCUCUUCGAAGAAAUUGCCACUUUGGCGGAGACUGAAAGGCACAUGGAGCUUACGGGUUACCCCACAAAGGCGACCUCUUGUCAUGAUAUUCUUCAUCCAUUUUGA